GCGCUGGGGGAAAAUCCCAGCCGGUCUGCACCAUGGGGAAGAAGCAGCUGCACCAGGAGACUCCAAACUGUGAGCUCAAAUCCUAUUCUACAAACACAAACACUCAGCUGUCUGCCAUGGUGUUGGGUCCUGAAGAGAAGAUACCAGAUGAUGGUGCCUCUGGAGACCAUGGGGACUCUGCCAGUCUUGGUGCCAUCAACCCUGCCUAUAGUAACUCCUCACUUCCACUGUCUACUGGGAACUCAGAGGAGCCCUUCACCACCUACUUUGAUGAGAAGAUCCCCAUUCCUGAGGAGGAGGAGUACUCUUGUUUUAGCUUUCGCAAACUCUGGGCAUUCACGGGACCCGGCUUUCUUAUGAGCAUUGCCUAUCUGGAUCCAGGAAACAUUGAAUCUGACCUGCAGUCUGGGGCAGUGGCUGGAUUUAAGUUGCUCUGGAUCCUCCUGUUUGCCACCAUUGUGGGGCUGCUGCUCCAACGGCUUGCAGCUAGACUAGGUGUGGUCACUGGGCUGCAUCUUGCUGAAGUAUGUCACCGUCAGUAUCCAAAGGUCCCAAGAAUCAUCCUGUGGCUGAUGGUGGAGUUGGCCAUCAUUGGCUCUGACAUGCAGGAAGUCAUUGGCUCAGCCAUUGCCAUCAAUCUCCUGUCUGUAGGAAGAGUUCCCCUGUGGGGUGGAGUGCUUAUCACCAUUGCGGACACUUUCGUGUUUCUCUUUUUGGACAAAUAUGGCUUGCGGAAGCUAGAAGCAUUCUUUGGCUUUCUCAUCACUAUCAUGGCCCUCACAUUUGGAUAUGAGUAUGUUACAGUGAAGCCCGACCAGAGCCAGGUGCUCAGGGGCAUGUUCGUGCCAUCCUGUUCAGGCUGUGGAACCCCACAGAUUGAGCAGGCCGUGGGCAUCGUGGGAGCUGUUAUCAUGCCACACAACAUGUACCUGCACUCUGCCUUAGUCAAGUCUAGACAAGUAAACCGGGCCAAUAAGCAGGAAGUCCGAGAAGCCAAUAAGUACUUUUUCAUUGAAUCGUGCAUUGCUCUCUUUGUUUCCUUCAUCAUCAACGUCUUUGUCGUCUCAGUCUUUGCUGAAGCAUUUUAUGGGAAAACCAACGAGCAGGUGGUCAGUGUCUGUAAAAACAGUAGCAGUCCCUAUGUUAACCUCUUUCCUGACGAUAAUUCAACUCUUGCUGUGGAUAUCUACAAAGGGGGCGUCGUGCUGGGGUGUUACUUUGGGCCUGCCGCACUCUAUAUCUGGGCCGUGGGGAUCCUGGCUGCAGGACAGAGCUCCACCAUGACAGGAACCUAUUCCGGUCAGUUUGUCAUGGAGGGAUUCCUGAACCUAAAGUGGUCACGUUUCGCUCGAGUGAUUCUCACACGUUCUAUUGCCAUCAUCCCCACUCUGCUCGUUGCUGUCUUCCAAGAUGUAGAGCAUCUGACAGGGAUGAAUGACUUCCUGAAUGUUCUGCAGAGCUUACAGCUUCCUUUUGCUCUCAUUCCCAUCCUCACAUUCACGAGCUUGCGCCCAGUAAUGAGUGAGUUUUCCAAUGGAAUAGGCUGGAGGAUUGCAGGUGGAAUCUUAGUCCUUCUCAUCUGUUCCAUCAACAUGUACUUUGUACUGGUUUACGUGCAGGAGUUAGGGCACGUGGCGUUGUAUGUGGUGGCCGCAGUAGUUAGUGUGGCUUAUCUAUGCUUUGUGUUCUACUUGGGCUGGCAGUGUUUGAUUGCACUGGGCAUGUCCUUCCUGGACUGUGGGCGCACGUACCACCUGGGAUUGACAGCGCAGCCUGAACUCUACCUUCUGAACAACAUGGAUGCUGACUUCUUUGUGUCUAGAUGACUAAGAGCCUGAGAGACUAUCUAAGAACACUUUGUCUAAGCCCUUCUAACGUAUCUCUGUUAGUUCAGAGGUGAGUUUUGUUCAAGCAUUUUGAACAAAGGCAAAGAUUUCCUCAUGGGAACAAGGGAAAGAGCUGGCAGCUGUAAGCAUAGGUCACAGACCCGCCCACCUCCCAAGUCUUACACCAGCCAGAGUUAAAGGACUGUGCCAGCCACGCGCUCCUGAGCACCCUGUGCCUGACUUCUAGGGUCGCAAAAGUACGCAUGGAUAUGUAUGUAAGCCUGAACAUAGAUGUUUGGGUGGAAUUUCAAGGUUAUAUAAAACAGAUAUUUUUAAAUUAUAUAUUGUUCAUAUAAGCCAGGCAUAUAUGUGUGUGUGUGUUUGUGUGUAUUUCAUGUAAAUUACUUGUUUUAUCUGGAUACAAAUGAGAAAGGAAAGGAAGUAAUGUUUUUUCAUAAUGAACUCAUCAAAUCAACUAUCUUUUAACUGGUACUAGGACUUGUUUUGUUGUUUCCAAGAUAGGGUCUCACUCUACACCAGGCUGACCUGGAACUCACUCUGUAGAGCGCCAAGCUGGUCUCAAACUCAGACAUCUCCUACCUCAGCCUCCCAAGUGCUGGGAUUAAAGGCAUGGACCACCAUCUUCGGCAAGGACAUCAUUUUGACAGGGAACAUUUAUUCUGCUUGGUGGUCAUAUAAUUUUGGUUAUAGACUGCUUUAAAAAAAUUUUUUUAUCAUUUAAUUUUUUUCAAGGCAGGGUCUCACUCUAGCUCAGGCUGACCUGGAAUUCACCAUAUAGUCUCAGGGUGGCCUUGAACUAAA